CGGCGGGAGGGAGAGGGCGGGCGGGAGGAUGCGGCUGAAGCUGGGCUUCCUGCUGCGCGCCGUGCUGCUGGCGGGCAGCUUCUUGGGGCUGCUGCUGCUCUGGUCCUCGCUGUCGCCCCGCGCCGAGGAGCCGGCUCCCCCGGGACGGGCGCGGGAUGACAAGGAAGCCAACAGACCUAUGCCAAACAAAGGAGACCACGGACUAGGAAAUGAGAAGUUCAAACCUGUGGUACCUUGGCCUCAUGUUGAAGGUGUGGAAGUGGACUUGGAAUCCAUUCGAAGGAAAAAUAAGGCCAAAAAUGAACUGAAUCAUCAUGGUGGUGGUGAUAACAAACAGCAAAACAUCAUCCAGAGGCAGUAUCUCACAUUUAAGCCUCAGACAUUUGUAUACCGAGAUCCUGUUUUACGACCUGGAGUCCUUGGUAAUUUUGAACCCAAAGAGCCUGAGCCUCAUGGAGUUGUUGGUGGCCCUGGAGAGGAAGCGAAGCCAUAUGUUUUAGGACCGGAUUACAAAGAAUCCAUUCAAGCCAGCAUUAAAGAGUUUGGGUUUAAUAUGGUGGCAAGUGAUAUGAUCUCACUAGAUCGGAGCGUUAAUGACUUGCGUCAAGAAGAGUGCAAAUACUGGCAUUAUGAUGAGAACCUGCUCACCUCCAGUGUUGUCAUUGUCUUCCAUAAUGAAGGAUGGUCCACGCUCAUGAGGACAGUCCACAGUGUCAUUAAGAGAACGCCAAGGAAAUAUUUGGCAGAAAUUGUGCUGAUUGAUGAUUUUAGCAACAAAGCACACUUAAAAGAGAGGCUGGAUGAGUAUAUUAAGCAGUGGAACGGCCUUGUAAAGGUAUUUCGAAAUGAGAGGAGAGAAGGUUUAAUCCAAGCUAGGAGCAUUGGAGCCCAGAAGGCUAAACUUGGACAGGUUUUGGUUUACCUUGAUGCCCAUUGUGAGGUGGGAGUUAAUUGGUAUGCGCCACUUAUAGCUCCUAUAUCUAAAGACAGAACCACAUGCACUGUGCCGCUUAUAGAUGUCAUAGAUGGCAACACUUAUAAGAUUGUGCCACAAGGGGGUGGUGACGAAGAUGGGUUUGCUAGAGGAGCGUGGGAUUGGAGUAUGCUAUGGAAGAGGGUUCCCUUGACCAAGCGAGAGAAGGAAAGCAGAAAGACAAAAACUGAACCGUAUCGGUCCCCUGCAAUGGCUGGUGGAUUGUUUGCUAUUGAACGCGAUUUCUUCUUUGAACUGGGUCUCUAUGAUCCGGGUCUUCAAAUUUGGGGUGGUGAAAAUUUUGAAAUUUCUUACAAGAUCUGGCAGUGUGGGGGAAAGCUGUUGUUCGUUCCCUGUUCACGUGUUGGACACAUCUAUCGUCUCCAGGGUUGGCAAGGAAAUCCACCCCCUGUGUACGUUGGGUCUUCUCCUACAUUAAAGAACUAUGUCAGAGUUGUAGAAGUGUGGUGGGAUGAAUACAAAGAUUAUUUUUAUGCCAGUCGGCCCGAGACAAAAGCAUUACCCUACGGAGAUAUAUCUGAGCUGAAAAAAUUCCGUGAAGAUCACAACUGCAAAAGUUUUAAGUGGUUUAUGGAAGAAAUAGCAUAUGAUAUAACUUCAUACUAUCCACUGCCACCUAAAAACAUGGACUGGGGAGAGAUUAGAGGCUUUGAAACCUCUUACUGCAUUGAUAGCAUGGGGCACACCAAUGGUGGCUUCAUUGAGCUUGGGCCGUGCCACAGAAUGGGAGGAAAUCAGCUUUUCCGAAUCAAUGAAGCUAAUCAACUCAUGCAAUAUGAUCAGUGCUUAACGAAAGGACCGGAUGGAUCCAAAGUUAUGAUUACACACUGUAAUCAGAAUGAAUAUAAGGACUGGCAGUACUUCAAGAAUCUGCACAGAUUUACUCACAUUCCAUCAGGGAAGUGCUUGGAUCGGUCCGAAGUCCUCCAUCAAGUUUUCAUUUCAGAGUGUGACUCCAGUAAAGCAACGCAAAAAUGGGAAAUGAACAACAUCCUUAGUGUGUAGACAGACAAAACCUACCUACUGACACAUUAAUUUGUACAGGACUGAAAAUAGCCUGAACACUGCUGCAAUUAUUAACUUUGUACAGCUGCGAGCCUCCUGGCUUGGAUGAAGGACAUAGACGAACUGUGAUUAUUACAAUAACAUUAUCAUCGCAGUUAAUGUUUACAAAACUGCUUUACCUUAAACUCUGUAGAUGUUUACAUCUUUUUGUUUUAAGAUGUUGGUAAAUUAAUGUGCUGUUAGCUGUGUUUCAUAGGAACAUAGCUAAAAGCGUUGUCGUCUUCUUUGGGAUUACACUCAGGGGUCUGAAGGCAGUUUUUUUACACACACUUGAAAAGGUUGGAGUAACCAGAUUUUCAUAGAACUUGGUGAUUAUCAACCUGCUGUAUAUUUUUAUUUAAUUUUGCAUCUUACUAAGCACUGCCACAGGUUAUUAGCCAGGGUGGCCUUCUCUCACAGUCAUGCUGCUUUUUUGGAAGGUGAAUUUCAACAUAUUUAGUGCCUCUUUCAUUUCUCUCUUUCACAAGAAAAACAUUUGUUGGAAAUUACACAAUGGCUUUUUCUGAGCUGUCACCAGGGGUAGGGACCAACCGUACCACCCUGUGUAAUUAUUGUGUUACUGAAGAGACAGUUCUGUUGCUAGUUUGGCUGCUCUACUUCAACUGGAUGCUGUGUACGGUGCAAGGAAGAGCUUAGUGUCAAGUUUAGUGCUAAUGUGGUAUAGGUUGAUGGAAGCAAGCACCCUUGUGAUUCCAGUUAAGAAUUUAUAAGCACUAACUUGCUUGUUUAAACUAUGCCUUACAUAAAAAUAAUUAAAAAGAAAUAAAAUAAAGCUGCACAGUUAUGUAAAACAUAGAAAGAAUCCAAUGCUUCAUUUAUAUCGUUACUUUAAAUGGAAAUCAUGUAGAGGUGGACUAAAACUUAUGAUUAGGAAAAACUGUCCAGCUCCUUAACACAUCUACGUAAAUCUUUGCAAGGACAUCUGUCAGCUGCUUUGGGUGCCAGAUUUAGAUUUGAAAAGAGAAAUGGAAACCCUGAAACCACAUUUAUACUAAUUUUCUUCUUACUUUUGUCAUUGGAAACUUUUCCUGAGGGAUUAGGAACCCAAAAUACAACCACUUGGUGCUAUAAUGUACAGAAUAGAAUGUGAAGAAGUUUCUAAAAAUGUUCGGGAAAGGAGGUUAUGUGAACUCCCCUAGGAGUAUAAAUAUUUACUCUGAAUGAACAGAGAGGUGGAGGAGAAAUGACUUAUCCUCACUUCCUUAUUCCAGAUUUUGUGACUGUUAAAUGUUGACACCAGUGUACUGAUUUCAUAAGAGUUAUGCCUAUAACAUGUCACACUACUAAAUAUGACUAAAUACUUCCCUGAAAUCUAGAAUAGCAUUGCAUGCAGCUUCCAUUGAUGUUAGCAAGGGUUAUGUAUCAUAUUUGGUGACAGAGUUUGAUCUUUUUAGGGCUGUCUGCACUGACCUAUUAGUUUGGGAUCUUUGCUAGUUUCUUUACACUUCUCAUCUAUCCUUUCAGAGCUAAGAAAAAUAGAAAACAAAGGAGGGAGAAACUGGAAAAAAAGGAGAAUAAGGGUGUGUGCCGGUGCUUGUUGCUUGUGUGUAUGAAAACUGACUCCAUUUUAGUGUGUUGGGUAGAUUAAUUUAAUCAUAUGACUAUGCAUAAGAGAAAGAAUGGUGGCACACAAAUUGUGCGAGUGUGCGUUUUAAAUGGGUAUUUUGUGCAAUUCAUUGAAAGCUGAUGCUGUAUGUGAAUAUGAAUCUGUAUGUGAGACUGAAACCUUACAAAAUAUGAGAUCGUAAGAAGCUGUUGCUGUUAAUGACUUUUUCCUACUAUAGCAGGCUUGGAAAAAAAUAAUUCCCACAUUCUUGCUUUGUAAGUUGAUGAUAAUAUCACUAUGCAUUUCUACAUAUUUUAUAAAUUUGAUUUAUGCAGAUUUUGAUACACUGUAUGUUUCUGUAGAAAUUGUAUAAAUCUAAAAAAAUUUAUUAGGGAUAAAUCUGGGAAACCUAUGUAUAUCUUACUUCUGGGUUGCUUGUUUUUUAGGUGAAGUAAAUAAAAUAUUUGAAUUCUUGGGUUUGCUAUA